AUACCUGCCCAAUCAUUCAAACUUAAUCCAUCAAAAAUUCCCAAGGGCUUCUUUGAAGUUCAAUAGCAUUUACUUGGCUUUGUUCUUCUCCUUGGGAGCUUGGAUUUCCCAAGCCACUUCGCGAACGCUUCAAGAUGCACCCUUGUAUGAGAGGUAUGAGCAAUGGAUGGCUCAAUAUGGACGUGUGUACGUGAACAAUUACGAGAAGGAGAAGCGUUUCAAGAUUUUUCAGGAUAAUGUGGCACGUAUAGAAGCUUUUAACAAUGCCAAUGACAAGCUUCACAAGUUAGGCAUCAAUGCAUUUGCAGGUCUUACAAACGAAGAAUUCAAUGCGAAACAAAAUAGGUUCAAGGGUCAUAUGUGCUCUAACAAUGCCAUUUCCCUCAAAUAUAAAACUGUUAUUGCUGUACCAGCUACAGUGGAUUGGAGGAAGAAAAGGGGGACACCAGUGAAGGACCAAGGCCAAUGUGCGGGGACAGCGAUUGAAGCAAUUCAUGAGAAAACAAUUGGGAAACUUAUCUCCCUUUCUGAGCAGGAGCUGGAGGGAGUUGUUGGUACCUGCAACACUAGAAAGGAAGCUAACAGUGCUGCACAAAUAGACGGAUAUGAAGAUGUGCUUGCAAACAGUGAGACAGCAUUGCUGAAAGCCAUCGCAAACCAACCAAUUUCUGUUGCCAUUGAUGCAAGUGGUUUCCUAUCCCAAUUUUACUCGAUUGGUAUAUUCACAGUAGAUUGUGGAACUAAUCUUGAUCAUGGCAUCACUGUUGUUGGUUAUAGAGUCGGUGAUGGUGAGACUAAGUAUUGGUUGGUGAAGAAUUCGUGGGGCACAAGUUGGGACGAGGAAGGCUAUAUAAGGAUGCAAAGAGAUGUAAGUGCGAAGGAAGGCCUUUAUGGCAUCGCAAUGCAAGCCUCUUCCCCAACUGCGUAAGUACAAAUCUUACGAUAAAAGACUAUGGUAGCACUAUUUCAUGUUUGAUGUAAUCUGCUGUGGUUAUAUUUUCUGGAUCUGUCUAUAAUCUAUGAGGGAACUAGCGUUGAUUCUAUAUCGAAUGUAUUGCAAAAAUCUACAUACUCCUUUGUAUAUCUUGGCCUUCUAUUUUUCUUUUGAACGAUAUCUGGACCAUAACAUCAGUGAGUAUACAAGACUCAGAACCAAACCCUUCUCCCUUGUCAUUAUACUUAAUCUUCAUAAAUUCUUAGACAUGCU